CAGCUGUGCACGUGACGAGGAAGCGAGAAACCGUUCUGAGAUUUUAUUCGAUGAUUGAUGUAACCAAACUUGAGUUUAAAGGAUGAACAGGGGCCGGGGAGUGAGGAAAAGGCAUGCACCAGAAAAAGCUGGUAUGCUCGAAACUUGUGAUGAGGAUAUUCGUGCAGAAGUUACGCAGCUCUUUAACAAGGUCAGAAGUUAUGUUCCUCCUCCAGGAGGGGAAUGGACGUUACCCGACCCAAACGUGGUGCUCUGCGAUCCUCACGUGAGUCACCCGCAUUUGCAGGCUCUGAAACAAUCACUAAAUGAGGUCAAGAAUCAGCUCAGCGAUAAAGACCUGUCAGUAUGGCACCAGCACACUUGUUUCACCAACCGGGCAGGCACUGUUACCUCCCACCUUCGCUCUACGACUAAUGCAGAGCUCUGCACUCAGGCUUGGGCCAAGUUCUAUGAGAUCUUAGGCACUUUUCAACUUCUGCCUGACAGUGCAUUGAAGACUGGCGAGUUGAACUCUAUACACCUGUGCGAAGCUCCUGGUGCCUUCAUAUCAGCUCUGAACCACUUCCUCAAGACCAGCGGCCUGCACUGCGACUGGAACUGGAUUGCUAACACUCUAAAUCCAUACUACGAAGCCAACGGACGUGGUUGCACUAUUACUGAUGACAGACUCAUCGUACACACUCUGCCUUGGUGGUUCUUCGGAUCCGACAACACAGGUGACAUAAUGCUUCAGAAGCAUCUGCUGGAACUGCCGAGAUUCGUGAGCAACAUGCGCAGUGUUGAUUUGGUUACAGCAGAUGGAAGCUUUGACUGUCAGGGAGACCCAGGGGAGCAGGAGAGAUUAGUUGCUCCGCUACAACAUUGCGAAGCCAUUUGCGCGUUGCUGCUGUUAGGAACUGGAGGCUCAUUUGUCCUAAAGAUGUUCACACUUUUCGAACACUCAUCUGUCUGUCUGCUGUAUCUCCUCGCCUGCUGUUUUCGCUCCGUGAACGUCUUCAAGCCAGGCACCAGCAAGUCUGGAAACUCCGAAUUGUAUAUAGUGUGCUUGGACUAUCAGGCCAAAGAACAAAUUCGGCCAUUGCUCUCAAAGUUAAUCCGUAAUUAUGGACCAGACUUGGCAUCCACAGCAGCGCUCUUUCCCCAUCGCUGCAUUCCAGACUCUUUUUUAAGUCAGCAUGAAGAGAUAUGCACUUUCUUCCAAGCAUUGCAAGUCAACACUAUUCAGGAGAACCUCAGGCUUUUCGUAUGCAUGAGCACAGAGCAGCGCAGGCGAUUGGAGCAGCUCAGGGAAUACGCUGCAGAGUUUUAUACUAAACGGUUCAGUGUUCAAUACCUCCCUCGGAAAAGCUGGGUUUGCAGAGGCGGCGUGGUUAGAUGGGCAAAAGUUUGUGAACGGAAGCAAAUGGGCUCUUUAAAUCAGCGCAAGGAGUUGGAGCUUCAGGGAUGGAAGCAGCGCCUUUCCCAAGGAAAUUAUGGGCCGUUCAUAGAGAAGCAUCUUGUUGCGGCAGAAGGAUGUGAGGUUGUACUCAAUGGCCCAUUGGACGAGUGUGAUUUGGCAGCCUGGUUUGCCCUUGAGGGAGCUGCCCUACCAAAAGUCUGCAGUUCCACCUUCUGUGAUCAAGAAAUGCUAGACUUUCUGAAUGAAGCUCUGGAAGAGAACCUGAGGGUCAAAACAGUGAACUGGUCUGUCAGAGCCUUGCCAACAUGCAGCUCCUGCUGCUCUGACUCUCCUGUAAGCAUCUUAUCUGAGAUAUGCAGUCAUCCGGAUGUGACAUCUUGUUUGGUGCUGGGAAGCCAGUCUUGGUGUGACGGAAAACUAGCAGGCGUUCGAAUCCAGCCAGAGUUCUUGCAAGGACCCUCUUAUUGUGGGGUGCAGAACGUUACGAUGCACGACGGACAACCAGACUAUCAACUCGAGCUUCUGAAUGCUGUCCUGUUUGCUCUACAGAAGCAGCAUCAGGGCUCAACCCUGGUGAUUCCCUUAAGUUCGGCCUUAACACGCUUCACCUCGGGCCUGGUUUUCACACUCCACCUGUGCUUCCGGUACAUCACAUUCCGAUCUUUGUCUGGUUGGCCUCCGGCUGCUCUAGUGUGCAUGGGUUUUUCUCCACCUUCAGCCUUACCCAGCCUGUUGGACUUUCUCCAGGAUGUAAUGGAGAAGAUGAAGAAAGUUGAGCUGGGAAGACAGGUUCUGCAGUUUGUGCCUUUAGAGGAACUUCUCAGAGGGGAUUUACCUCACUUCCUGUCUUCCUUCAAUACGGCUGUCAUUCGUCAGCAGCUGCAUAUGCUAAUACAGCUCGAUCAGAGCACAUAAUGCUAGCCCAGUAUGGCUUUAUCCUCUGGAAGAACUUUUUAUUUUGACUAUUUCUAUCAUGCCUCAGUUUGCUUAGAUUGAAGACAAAGCCUCAGUUGUGCUAGUGCCACAGUGGAUAUUUAGGUUGUAUUGGAACACAUAUCUCCCCUUUUUAUAUAUUUGAACUGGGGAUAAUCUCUUUCUUUAACUUUAAAUAUGCUGCAUAUGACUGAUUUUUUUUUAGAUAUAUUUAUGUAAUAUCAUGUGCAGUUCAAAAUGUUAUUCUAAUAUUUAUAUUUGCUGCCUAGGGUUUUUUAUACACAAAAGUUCUUGAGUUGACUCAAGUUGUUUGUCCUGCCUGAUUUAUUAAAACAUUUUCUUUAUGGACAUAUGAAGUGUUUUCAUUACAGUAUAUAGAUGUUGUCUUGAAAAAGCAACUAAUUGAAUCUGUUUGUGAUGUGUUGGGACUAUAUGCACACUAAUUGUACUAUAUGUACACACUAUUGCCUUUAUAUAUGGUUAAGUAUACAUUUAAAGGGAUAGUUCACCCAAAAUUUUAAAUUUACUCAUCAAGUCACCCUCAAGUGUUUCCAUACCUUUAUGGGUUCCUUUUUCUGUUGAACACAAAAUAAUAUAUUUUGAAAAAUGUGAGAAACCUGUAACCAUCGACUUCCAUAGUAGGAAAAACAAAUAUUAUGAAAGUCAAUGGUUACAGGUUUCCAACAUUUUUCAAAAUAACUUUUGUUGUUCAACAGAAGAAACUCAAACAUGUUUGUGACAAAUGAAGGCUGAGUAAAUGAUGACAGAAUUUUCAGUUUUGAGUGAACAUACUGCCAGUUUUUGUACCCUAAUAUACAACACCAACCCUGACAAUAUAUCACUUUUAGCUAUUGAAAAUGUUAAUGAAGGUCACUUCAAGGGCUUCAAAAGUUGUUGGAAGAAAGAUCAAGGUCUCAUAAUUCAAUUCAAAAGCAUAAAUAAACCGGCAAAAAUAAAAAUAAAUCACAAAAUAUGAAAACUGAUAAUUUAUGGAUAUUUUUUACAGUCUAAGCCUGCAAUGAAUAUCGAUGAACAUCAUGUGCAGUUCAAAAUGUUUAUUCUAAUAUUUGUAUUUGCUGCCUAGGGUUUUUUUAUGCACAAAAGUUCUUGAGUUGACUCAAGU